CACAACCCCGCGAUAAUAGAGAAAUUUCCCAUUCCGUUCAAAAUCAUUCACCGCACUCACUGCCUGCUGCCUCGACACUCUCGAUUUGCCUGCUUCGAAAGCUCGUUCUUCGCCGGUUUUCGGCGCAUAAAAAUCCCACCACAGACCAAAAGUCGACGAGCCAUCAUGUCCACCGAUGCCAUGGCCGCCCCGGCGGUCGCAAGCCCAACCGCUGCCGAGGAGCGCAAACCCAUCCACGCCCUUGUUCUGGAUACCGGCCCAUUGAUCAAGAACGACCCUCCUGUCAGCACUCUACUCGCACAGGCCGAUGAGCUCUACAUGCUACCCUCCAUUGUCGACGAAAUUCGCGAUGUCAGCACCCGCACUCGAGUUCAGACUACCCUCAUGCCUUUCGUCAAGCUUCGCAACCCCCGCCCCGACAGCAUCAAAUUCGUGUCCGAUUUUGCGCGCCGGUCUGGUGAUCUCGAGGUUCUCAGCAGACCUGAUUUGCACUUGCUUGCCUUGACCUACGAACUCGAGCUUGAGAAGACUGGAGGCGACCAGAAUCUGAGGAAACAGCCGGGUGCGCGGUCUUCGAACGACAAGGCACCCGGGGCCGAGACGCCGGUACCAGAAGCCGAGGCCGAAACUGAGUCGCAGGGAAAGCCCGCGACCGAGACCGAUGAAGUGGCGGGGCCCGCGCAAGUCCAGGAGGACACUUCAAUUGAACAGAGCGCCGAGAAGACACAAACCGAAACUCAGCAGAGCGCGACAGUGGAAGCCUCGUCAUCGGACGUUGAGACGGCACAGAUUACACAAGAUAUGAGCAACCUCGAGGUGGACGACAAGACAACAUCCGAGCCAGCUGUAACAAGCGUCGCUGGCGCCGAUGAGGCUCAAGGGGAGGAGUCAGAUUCCGAAGACGGUUGGAUUACACCAUCCAAUGUGAAGAAGCAAAAAGAGAAGGACAGCAAGUUGCCGCAGCCGACUGCGCCUGCGAUUGACAUCAAGGUCGGAAUCCUUACCUCCGAUUACGCCAUGCAGAACGUCGCUCUGAGAAUUGGGCUCAAUUUGCUCUCGCCGUCCAUGUCGCGCAUCACUCAACUCAAGACGUGGGUCCUGCGAUGCCACGGGUGCUUCCAGGUCUGCAAGAAGAUGGACCGUCAGUUUUGCCCUAGCUGUGGACAGGCCACUUUAAUUCGCACGUCUUGCACGACCGACGAGGACGGCACCUUCAAGAUCCACUUGAAGCGCAACUUCCAGUGGAACAAUAGGGGCAAUGUUUUCAGUAUUCCCAAGCCUUCAGCUGGCACAGCCAGCGGCAAACUUUCCAAGAACGUCGGCGGCAAGAACAACUGGGGUACCAACCUCAUUUUCGCGGAAGAUCAAAAGGAGUACGAGAGGGCUGUGGGUGACAAUCGCCGUGCCCGGCGGAGAGAUCUCAUGGACGAGGAUUACCUCCCGAGCAUUCUUACAGGUGAUCGCCAAACUGGUGCCAACGGCAAGGUGCGACUGGGUCCGGGAAGAAACAUAAACGGUCGUAGGAGGAGAUGA